AUGAGAGUAGAUGAACUUGUUGUGUCACUCCAAACUUUUGAAUUGGGUAUUAAUGACAUAUCUGAAAAGAAGAACAAGAGCGUAGCCUUUGUAUCCAACACUGAAAAUGAAGAGGACCAAUGUGACUUGGAUACUAAUGAAAGAUUAUCUAAUACCAUUGUGAUACUUGAAAAACAAUUCAAUGGGGUAUUGAAGAGACUGGAAAGGAGAGGAAGACCAAAUGUCAAGAACAUCACAUCUGACAUCAGUAAUAACCUUUAUUCUCAUAAGAAAACAAGAAUUAAAGAGAAGUCAAAUCAAGGUAACGACAUUCAACGUUAUGAGUGUGAAGGAUAUGGUCAUAUUAUACCAGAAUGUCCCACCUUCCUCAAGAAUCGGAAGAAGGGUUUAAAUGUAUCUUGGUUUGACGAUGAUGAGACAGAAGAUGAUUCUAACUCUGAGACUGCCAAACUUGUGAUGGCUCUCUUUGGUAGAUGGGCAGAUGAAGUAGAAUCUUGUGAUGAGAAUAUUCUCUAUGAUGGUUUGCAUGUGUCCUACAAUGAAGCUUAUGACAGAUAUGAAGCAAACCUCAAGACAGUUGAAGAUCAGAAAAAGGUCAUAUCUAAAUUGGAGAGUGGAAAGAAUGAGCUUCUAUCUUAUUCUAAGGCUAAUCAAGUGAGCAAAAAGAUAAGUGUUAAAGAUAGGGAUGUUAACCUUAUUGCUCAUACUUCCUUGAGAGGCUCAACUAGUGAAGACUGGUACUUUGCACAUAGGUGCUCUAGACAUAUGACAGGGGUCCAUAAAUAUUUAGUGGAUCUAAAAUCUCAUCCCACAAGUUUUAUCAAAUUUAGUGAUGUGAUUAAAGGUGAAAUCAAAGGAGUUGGAAAGCUAACGUAUGAUGGUUCUCCCAGUUUAGAAUAUGUACUUCUUGUGAAAGGAUUAACUGCUAACCUUAUUAGAAUUAGUCAAUUGUACGACCAAAGACUGUUUGUAAACUUUUCAAAAUCAAAAUGUUUGGUCAAAGAUAAGAAAGAUGAUGUUAUGAUGAAGGGCAUUAGAUCUAAAGGAAACUGUUAUAUGUAG